AACUUCGCCCCCCAAUUUAUCUUGGCCACAAAGAUCCAAGGCUCCAGAAAGUUAGAAACUACUUGGGCAGAAAAUAACAAAUUACUUUUACAGCUUAGGAAGCCUCAACACACUUUCCUCGACUGUCAUAGAGUCCCAACUCUCUUCCUAUAUAUCCAAUUUUUUCUUCUUCUGGCCUUUAUGAACUUUGUAUUUGGGCAAACGUUUAUUAGCCACGGCCAACGUGCCAAGCUCUCUGAGAUACUCUUUCCUUACCUCUUCAACCAAGGCAUCGGAGCCUCUGAGCCUUGGGCGCCUCUUUACAUUGUUCUUGUAUAAAACGUGUACUAAUCGGAGGUAAAAAAUCGGCAAGAGAACUAGCUAGCAAAGCAAGGGCUACGUACGGACGUACUCCUUUGUCUUUCUUUGUCGAUCUUCGUUUGCAUGACUUUUGCAGAUAUGGGAAGUCGAGAUCAGAAAACUCGGAGAAACUUUCACCCAAACCUGCCUCGGCAUCAUCUUCAGCUGCAUCACCAAGGGAAGAAGCAAGAGAUGAGAGAUGUGCCAAAAGGAUGUUUGGCGAUCAAGGUUGGUCAGGGUGAGGAGCAACAGAGAUUUGUGGUGCCUGUUAUAUAUUUCAACCACCCACUGUUCAUGCAGCUCCUGAAGGACGCCGAGGAAGAGUACGGUUUUGAUCAGAAGGGUACAAUCACUAUCCCUUGCCAUGUAGAGGAGUUUAGGUACGUUCAGGGAAUGAUUGACAGGGAAAAAUCCCUUCAUCAUCAUGAUCAUAUAAUUGGGUGUUUUGGGCUUUGAUCAAAACCUUGCUUUUUGGCACCUCAAAUGCAUGAAUUUCGAUGCUGCAAUCUUUGGGGUUCUGCAGAUUUGGAGUGUUUGUAGGUUUUGUAUUUCCCAGAAAAAUACAAACCCAGACAGUAUAGUAACGUUGUUUGCUCCACAUUCAAUAAAUGGGGUAGGUGACAGACAAAUACCAUACACAUAGUGCAGCUCAGAUAGGCAUAUACGCAUAGAGAAAUGUGUGUUAUUGUGAGAGAGUGAGUGAGCAUGGAACUCCACGUUGGAGAGCUUUCCGUCCGUUGAUACCAAGGGUUUUUGUAGGGCAUCAUGUUAAUCCACCUCCAUAUAUAAUCACAACAAAUUAACAGUUUGUACCUUUCUCAGAUUCAUCAUGUAUUUAGUCCCUCAUUUAUUUUAUGAGCAGGCAUUGAGAUGUAUUUGGAUUUUUCUUUUCUAAUACCAUAUCCUUUGAAACUA